UACAGAUAAUGAUUCCGCGUACACACCUAUCAGUAAACGAAUUCAAGAAUGUAACGUGUACAUCUGUUACUCAGCAUCUAUCACCCCAAAUGCAUCAUUCACGAUGUUAAAAUUUACCGCACUUUUUUGUAUAUUUACAGCCAUUAUGGCUGGCAAAGAUCGACUUUCGGAUAGCGAUUUCGAUUGGAGCAUGUUCCUUCGAUUCGACGUGAAAAAUAAAAUGAUCGAGCAUAAGAUAACUCCGACAGCUGUACCUGUUCCUCCAGAGGGUACAUGCCACGUACAUUUUCAUUGGGGUGAACCCGAACCAGGCCAAGUGGUACCUGAAGAUCUGGAUAAAGUAGCUCGACCCACGGUUACCUGGAGUGCCAAAAAUGAAUCUCUAUACUUGAUGAUGUCUUACUGUGUAUUGAACUGGUUCGACGUAAGAGAUGCUCCAGAACAAGGACGCAAUUACACUUUAAACGAAUGGACCGAAUGGAUAAUUUAUAACGUUCAUAAACAAAAAAUAUACGAAGGAUCGGAUCUAUACGACUACCAACCAUGUCCGGUACCGAAGAAUAACACGGUCAAACAUUUGGUAAUUUACUUGAUAUUCAAACAAAAUGGAACCAUACACAUCCCUCGUCCAACCGAAAUCAAUUGGGAGGAAUUCCAUGCUCGUCAAACUAUCGCUGGAUUCAUCAAAACGUACAAUUUGGGUACUCCGAUCGCCGCUAAUUUUUAUUACAUCAGAUACGACAAGCAAAGAAGAAAAGAUACUUUUAAAGAUUCCGUAGCAGAUUGGGAGAAAGUUUUAUCGUACGAGAAUUUGGAGACCAAAGAAGUCGAAAAAACGUGAUUGUGUUCAAAAAAUGUUACCUAUUUAGUUUUCUACAAAGAUAAUCAUGAGAGUAUUUUAGUGAAUUUUGAUUAGCACUCUGAAAGCUCGUCGACCCUCGAAUUUCGCGUUAUUUCACAAGAAUUAAGUAUUUUUUAGGUAAUAAAAAAAUAUCAUUGAUAAGCUA